ACAUGCCCCGCCCCGCCUAUCAGCAUCCCCAGUCAGUGUAGCGGCGGUGGGAGUCUGGAGGAGCAGGAGCUGGAAGCACAGAGUUCAGCGGCUCCCGCUUUCGUCCGACACUUAGCUAGAGCUGCUCCCCAGGCAGUGGAGGUGAUGAUGGCGGCGGCUGUAGAGAGAGGAGGCGUCCGAGCCGCUUUCCUGAACCCGAGCAGCGGCGGCGGCGGUGGACCAGCACCGACAACCCUCCCGACUGGAGCGUUAGCCGGGGCUGUGGUCCUGGGCUCGGGAUCCGGCAGCAUGCCUGUACCCAUGAACCUCUUUGCGACCUGGGAGGUAGACCGAUCAUCCCCAAGCUGCGUUCCGAGGCUCUGCAGCCUCACGCUGAAAAAGCUGGUCGUCCUCAAAGAGCUGGAUAAAGAGCUGAACUCCCUUUCUAUUGCCGUCAAAAUCCAGGGUUCAAAGCGUCUUUUGAGAUCAAAUGAGUACGUGCUUCCACCCAAUGGACUGAUGGAGACAGAUCUGGAGCUCACAUUCUCACUACAGUACCCCCAUUUUCUGAAGAGGGAUGCCAACAGACUGCAGAUUAUGCUGCAGAGGAGGAAACGCUACAAGAAUCGAACCAUCCUCGGAUACAAAACUCUGGCUGUGGGAGUCAUCAAUAUGGCUGAGGUGAUGCAACACCCGACAGACGGAGGACAGAUCCUGGGUCUCCAUAGCAACGUGAAGGAGGCGCCAGUGCGUGUGGCGGAGAUCAGCGUGUACUCUCUCUCCAGCCAGCCCAUCGACCACGAGGACGGCAGUGGCCAGGCUGGGCGCAAGACCAAAACCUCAGACCGCUCCCCAGACAUGGAUAACUAUUCUGAGGAGGACGAUGACAGCUACUCGUCGGAACAGGAAGCCAGCGAUGACGCAGUUCAUGCCCAGGAUCUUUAUGAUGAAGACGACGAGGUCAGGAAGCCGAAGAAGGCCCGGAGGAAAAUGAUCCGAACCACCUCCAUGACCAGGCAACCUAACUUCAAGCAGAAGUUUGUGGCCUUGCUGAAGAGGUUCAAGGUAACAGAUGAGGUGCUGGACUCUGACCCUGUUGACCAGACCCAGGAGGUGGAGGAGGAUCUGGACUUACUCUACGACAGCCUGGAGGUGUACAACCAGAGCGACAGCGGGCCGGAGAUGGAGGACAACGAGAGCGUCCUCAGCACGCCCAAGCCCAAACUCAAGCCGUUUUUUGAAGGGAUGUCUCACUCCAGCUCCCAGACAGAAAUUGGAAGCAUACACAGCCAAAAAAGCCAGCAGAGAGAGCUGUCCUGUCCUACUGGUGACUUUCUGACCGUGGACAGAUGUAAAGUGCAAGGGGCCCGGUAUCAAGAUGACAGCAACACCGAAGCAACCGUUGGGGAGCCAGAGACUGAGGACAGCGGGCCAGGGCCGGGGGAGGUGAGCAGCUGGGAUGUCAACACUGAGCGGGUGACCAGCACUGUUGGCAAGCUCUGCAAGACGGAGUCCCAAAACCACAUGUCUCCCAGUAAAGUGGAGAACAGGCUGCAGAGGCGUCCUCGCAGCACCUCCAUGAAAGACAGACAGAACUCCAAGGCCCAGAGCGACAGGACCAGCAGCAUGGAGAGCGAGUGCUCCCCAGACUCUCGACUCAUCGCACAGGUUCCCAGGAAGUCUGUGUAUGACCAGCUGAACCAGAUCCUUAUCUCUGACGAACGUCUGCCAGAGAGCAUCAUCCUCAUCAACACCAUGGAGUGGCAAGGACAGUAUGUGUCCGAGUUGCUCCACGAGCAGGGCCAGCCCAUAGUGUCCACCUGCUCUGCUGCUGAUGUUCAGGCUGCCUUCAACACCAUCGUCACUCGCAUCCAGAGAUUCUGUAACUGCAAUGCACAGACACCGCCGACGAUGAAGGUGGCGGUGGCAGGCGACCAGAGUUAUCUCAGCACCAUCCUAAGGUUCUUCGUAGAGCAGUUGGCCAACAAGACACCUGACUGGCUCAGUUACAUACGCUUCCUGGUCAUCCCCAUAGGUUCUCAUCCCCUGGCAAAGUAUGUGGCCUCCUUUGACAGCCGGUUCAACAGCAUCUUUAUGGACACUGCGUGGAGGGAGCUGUUCUGCAGGACGGAGCGGCCCGCCUCAGACAACAUCGAUGUAGCAGGACGAGUCGUUCAGUAUCUGGUCGGCGCCAACGUGUCCCACCAGUUCCCCAUCUCAGAGGCAAUGCUCACCUACAAACAGAAGAGGAAAAGAAGUUUGUAUUUUGAUUUUUACAUCAGCCCUGAUGAGGACUCCUGUCAGAAGUUUGUGCCAUUUAUUGGGGUUGUGAAAGUUGGGAUUGUUGAGCAGAGCCUCUCAACUUCAGUGGAUUCAGAUGAUGCGGGGAUGAUGGUGCUUAACACGAGCAUCCUGGGUUCCCCAACGCCCCCAUCGGCCGGUCCGUAUGGGAAGGAUAUCGGGGGCACCCCCCCUCAGUCUCCCUCUGUGUCUGCCGCACUCUCUGGAGCUGGCUCUCCGUGUUCGGGCAGCGAGGUGAUGGGGCUGCAGGUGGACUACUGGACGUGGCAGGGACCAGAGAAGAAGAAGGAGGGGGAGAAGAGGGACGUGGGACUAAAGAACACGCUGAAGAGUAACUUCCGCUCACUGCAAGUCAGCCGCCUGCCCUGUGGGGGGGAGCUCACCCCCCCACCCAGCAUGGCCAUGACUGUAGUCACCAAGGAGAAGAACAAGAAAGUGAUAUUUCUCAGCAAGAAGCCCAAGGAGAAAGAUCUGGACUCUAAGAGCCAGGUGAUCGAUGGCAUCAGCAGACUGAUCUGUACAGCCAAGCACCAGCACACCAUGCUGAGAGUCACUAUCGAUGGAGUGGAGUGGAACGAUGUCAAGUUUUUCCAGCUCGCUGCCCAGUGGCCGACUCACGUAAAGCACUUCCCGGUGGGGAUCUUCGGGUACACUAAGCCCGUGUGACCCCGGCCACCCCCCCCACACUCCAGCUCCACCAGACUCUCCGCUGCACUUGUCUCCCUGAGAGGCUGCAGAGAUUCAGAGGAAAGGCCACCCUGCCCCGGCAGUAAUAGUUUUCCUGUGGAAAUCUUACUGUCUCACAACCACGUGUUUAAUACACAAACCUUCAUGUUGUCAAUUGGAUGUUUUUGAUGUUGUUUGGGUGUUGUUGUUGUUUUUUUACACACUACGAAAGAACAAGUACUAUUUUGUAAGAUUUGUGCUACCGCCUCGGAGGUAUUUUGAGGUUUUAUGACAAUUUGCCACAUUUCGAUAAUGGCAGCUGUGUUUGCACUUUGUUUUUGUUAACAUUUUAUUAUUUCUGUGAAAUCCUACAUUUAUGUUACUCUAUACGCAAUGGAGGAGUGUGACGGUGACGUGCAGUGGCGUGCGUGAGAUCGUUUGAGGCUGUGUUUGUUGUUGAAAGUUGGAAUAUUGCUGUGAAUCUAGAUGGAAUCCUUCUCUUCGAAACUCCGUUUUCUUACUCGUCCCUUUACUUUCUCACUAAGGUCAAUUUUUAUAGAAAGGAACAGAAAGUUCUGUUUGCCUCGUUGCUUUUAGGGCACACUGUGUACCUAAAACAAACUAAAAAACAAGGUAUUUUCUGAAGGUAGCUAUAAUGAAUGUAGCUAUAGAGCAUUUGUAAGAAUGUGUAAGCAAACAUUUACAUUCAGUCACACCCGAAUCACAUGACGCAACAGUACAUAUUUCAACUAUCAACAGCUGAAUGCCAAAUUUAGUUGUGACUAUGAACUGUUGUAUUGUUUUUCCGUUUCCCCCUUUGUGUUCAACUUGAUGUUUCGGCUUACCUGAGUGGACGUCUCGCAGACCUGUGGCUACUUAGCAAAUAUGGGAUCUCUUCAGACGUGCAGUGAUGUGCCAAAGUCGAGUUUGUUUUACUGUGACCACCAGAGCUCUUCAAUAGUCCAAACUUCACAGUAUAAAAACUAAAAUAGUACAUUUGAUGUAUUCGUGGUCCCUGUGGAGAUCAGUAUUUAGAUUACUGAGAUAAUAAACCAGUUAGUACUCCAUAUUUAGCCCCUUUUAAGCAUUUGCAAGACGUGUACACAUCCUAACCAAGCAAUUACCGCUGUGUCCUUUAUUAUAGCGUCACCGUGGCUGGAUCGACCUGAAACAUACUGAUAGGUUGGAUGGGUAAAAUUACUGAUGACUUGCUUUGACAGCAGUGGUGAGGCAAAUGCAAGUAUUGAAUUACUUUCAAAUCUGAUGAAAGGUGUAUGGAGCCUUGCCAGACGUCCAAGUCACUGCCUGUGUGUCUGUGUUGGUGUGCUAUGUGUUCGAUGGUACUCCCUGAAUAGUGUUACGUGAAACUUUUGCAAUAGGAAACCUUUGGACAAAGGGCCUUCUGUAUGAGGUAGUUGUUGCUUUUUUUAUAAAGUGAAGACUUUGAUUGGCUGGCUUUUCUUAGUAAUGUAUAUAAAUAUAUACAAGAUGUAUUAUUGUGAAUUCCCCCCUACUCCCACUAAAUUGAAAAGCACAAAUAGCUUACCUUUAUUUCUUGACAUAAAUGCCAAAUAUAUAUUUCCAGAACUCAUAACUAUGAAGUUGACUUGUACAAUACAAACACUAUUACUACUCUCAUACAUUUCCCUCACUUUGUAAUGCACUUUCAUGUGGUUUUCUACAUAUUUUAGCUCAAAUUGGGACAAACUUUUUUUUUGAGGUGAAGUGUUAUAAUUGAAUUGUAAAACCACUACCUUUAGUCAAGAGAAGGCAGUUUUUGUUUUCAAAAUGAACCUUUUUUAUAGGGAUGUUUAUGUUCUGGGUUUAAGCGUCCUUUGAGGUCGGGAUAACCCCUUCUGGCUGUCUGUUACUUUGCCACUUGAUGUUGAAACGCUUCAGCCUGGGACUAAUCAGUCAAGUUUUCCUGUCUCCUGCUUUCUGAAGGCUUCACUAAUCUUCUUUUAGUCGGGACACCAACUGGCCCUUUCAGAUAAAGAAACAUCAGACUGUGAAAUGUUAGCCAGGGCAGAUGUGUUAGAGGGAAUUUGUCAUGUUAGCCUUUAAAUACUAAACAGGCACAACGACCAGUGUAUUUCAAUGUAUUUGACCUCGAGUUUCAUUUCUUUUUGCCCUAAUUCUAGCGGUAGCAUGGGGGUGUUUUAAAAGACUGGAUCAAUGAGCAGGCAUCACUUUGUGAGCAUCAUUUAGCACAGCAACAAAUUACUCAGUGUUUCUUUAAAUGCCAUCUCAUUGCUCCCGUUACUUGAAAUGCCACCCAGUGUCUUUGCACAAACCCUAUUUUAAAUGACAUGACAGUAUUUUUAAAUUUACCACUAAAAAAAAAUAUGGAUUACUCUGCAUGUUUUACUAUAGAUGUAAAUAUGUUUUGGAUUUUUAUAUUGUUUUGUUUCUUUCCAUGCUCCCACAAGCAGUUGUGUUUAUUAAAAUUUUUAAUCUUCUGUACAAA